AUGAACAGCUUUUUCAUUCUCCACUAUCUUGAGUGGACAUCAAAUGGGUCGGUUUCCCAGGGCACUUGUCAACAACGCAGUCACACGCUUCUGGUUCUCGAAGUUUCAGCCACAAAAGAGCAGGGUUAUCGAAAGGAAGGACUUGAGUCUGGACCUUGGUGGGCUGGGCCUUGGAGUUGGAGCAGGAUUGGGUUGGGCCUAGGAGGUGGAAGUGGAUCCGGAGCUGGAGCUGGAUCCGGGUCUGGGUCUGGCUCCAGUUCAAGUUCUUCAUCCAGCUCGUCCUCUUCGUCUUCUGGCUCUGGAUCUGGAGCGGGUUCUGAAGCUGGUUCGCACGCCGGGUCUUAUGCGGGCUCUCGAGCUGGGUCGGGAAGAGGACAAGGACGCGGGGGUGGAGGAGGCGGUGGGGGCGGUGGAGGAGGCGGUGGCUCCGGCUAUGGUCAUGGUGAGGGCUCCGGCUAUGGUCACGGUGUGGGUGGCGGUGAUUAA